AUGGUUAAGGAGAAAUCGAAGGACGGUGGUAGUAAUGAUCCGAGAGCUGACUGGAAAGACCCUAAGGAACUACAAGCUUUUUGUGAGUUCUGUGCUAUUCAAGUAUUAGAUGGCAAAAGGAAAGGAGGAUUUUUUACCAAAACUAGGUUGGGUUAUGAUGCUGGAACUGGGAUGCUUGAGGCCAGUAAUGAGUGGUGGACUCAAAAGAUUGCGACAUGUCCCAAUGCAAAAACCUUUAAAAAUAAAGGUUUGCCGAAUCGUGACUUCAUGAACAUUAUGUUUGGAGGCACGGUUGCAACGGGGAAAAAUGCAUUCUGCACGAGCGGUCAAACCCCAAAGGAAACCACCGAAGGGUCUGGGGACUCCACUGAUAGCACAAAAUUUGUUGACCCCCAAUGUGAACCCUUUGUGAAUGUUGACGCAAUGGAGGUUGAAGGUCCAUCAUCGUCGAGGGCAGGAUCGGCAGUGACUAAGGGAAAAGGCUUGGCAACCAAUGUCCACCUUUUCAAGCCAAUUUGCAAGAAAUCAAGAAAAAAGUGUUUAGUUACGCAAGAGAUGUCCGACUCUUUAAAGAGCAUCUCAGAUGUUAUUAUUGAAAGUAGAAGUGUAAGUACCCGUACACCAUUUGCUUCCACAACAACUACUCAUGUUAAUGCAAUUCUGGACAUGGUGUUGAGUCUUCCCGGUGUGCACUCGGAUCAUACCUUCAUCUGUUCAGCACCCUCUACUUCAUGGAAAAAGAGCAGGGUAGGCACAUGUUUGCAACACUUCGUGAUGACAAGGACGUCCAACUAA